AGGCUGGAGCAUGGCGGGAACCAUCUUGAUGUUUUGCUGCAUCUGCUAAACUCCACUACUGCUCGCAUGUUUGUGUCGUACGUGCAAAGAUUACACGCUAAUGCUUACGUUGAUUUGUGACUUUGUAGUAAGAGCAGGCAGAAGAUUGUGAAUUUUCCUUCCCACUUCUAUAAGUUUUGCAUUUGGUCCCGCUGUGCACCAACAGAGAAUGUGCGGCACACUGAACUGCUGAAAGUGAAUUCCCAAUAUCGCAAGUCUGUGGUUUAUUCUUGCUCUGUUGCGGAGAUGGGCUCCAGUUCCUUAGGCCGUCGAUUGGUGGCCUGUCUCCUCAACGUGUCUGAGGCCCGCAGGAAAGACCUGGUGGAGACUGUGGCUCGGGCAGCUAUAUAUGAUCCUAAAGGUCUGAGACGAGAGGGGACCACAGUGCUGAACAUCUUCAAUGACUUUGACUACAACCGUUCUGUCAUCACCAUCGUGGCCAGCAUUGAUUCUAUUAGGGAGGCAGUCCUGUCUGCAUGUGAGAGAGCCUGUGGGCUGAUCGACAUGCGCACUCACACGGGGGUCCACCCUUGUAUGGGGGCCGUAGACCUAAUACCCAUCUACCCCUUGGGAGCGGAGGUGGGAGUGGAGGAGUGUGCCAGAGAGGCUCGCGCUGUGGCUGAGGGGCUUACGCAGCGGGUCCAGGGCACCAGUGCCUUCCUGUUUGGCUGGGCAGACACGCCCCUGCAGCGGGGCCUGGCCCAGAGGAGGAAGGAGAUGGGCUGGUUUAAGAAGAGGCCGGACAUGCAGGCCAUCAGGCCUGACAUGGGGCCUCAGCCACAGAAACAAUAUGGACUCACAGGCGUCGGGGCCAGUCCCUACGUAAUGAACUGCAACGUCACCAUCGACACCCAGGACAUCACCUUGGGGAGAGGCAUCGCCACAGCCAUCAGGGAGUCGACGCCGGGGGGCCUGCCUGGGGUGCAGGUGCUGGCGCUGCCACACGAGGGCGCAGUAGAGAUCGCCUGCAAUGUGGAGAGUGUGAAGGGGAGCCCACCUAGCCAUAUGGCUGCAGGCGAGCCGUGGCCUUCUUUCAGCAUCAGUGGUCAACCCUACUGUCAUGCUCCAGCUUCUCUCAUCACGGCGAGGGUUGCCGAGCUGGCAGGCCAGCAAGGGGUGAGCACCAAGGGCACCGCGCUGGUGGGGUUCACCCCCAACGAGUGCAGGGGCCUGGCAGAGCAAACUCUGUCUCGAGGGAUUGCUGAGUUCUGGAAAGAGCAGCGCACAAUCCACAUGUAAAGCCCCUUCCUUACAGCAGCCAACCAAACCUCAACAAAAGCAGAUUCUUGAUUUCAUCUUGAUUAUCACAAUAAUUAAAGUGUUGGAGUAUUAUGUCUCUUUGAUUGUUUACAAUGCAAUAAGAAUGUACUAAUGACUGUUCUGUGUUGGAAUCUGUGUAAUGAUAUUGUGCAACAUAUUUUACUUAGAUGGAUUAAUGGAUUAAUAUUAAAUGUCAUUGUCAUAAAGGUACAGUUAAUUCAUACCACCUGCAGUAUUAGGGGAGCUACAGUAUAGCUUAUGAAUAAUAACAAUUUUAAAAUAAUAAAUAAAGCUACUAAAUAAAGUGAUUGUUAACAUAAGAGUUGGUGAAUUUGUUUAUAUGGUUAUGUAACAAAAAUGCCUAAAAUCCAGUCUCUUACAUAAAGCAGCUGUGCUCUCAUGUAAUCACCAAUGAAAUAAUAAUGAUUCUUUUUAAAUGAUGAUUUUUGUUUGAUAAUCUUUUGAAUUCAACUCUAUUCAAUAAAUAAUUAAUCAACUAAA